UUUAAAGUGUAAACCUAGAAGACGAAGCAACGGAAGGAGUAGGAGAUGAUUGGGCGAUUUAGUCAUGGAUACCAAAUUUACUAUCAAUAAAGACAACAAUUAAUUUUGGAGAUGUGAAACUUGGAGAACAAGUCAUCCAUUUGUAUUAAUAGAGGAUGGUUUUGGGUGGAGAAGAUCAUCAGUGUACAUCUUCUAUCUUUCUUUUAUCUCGUCCUUUAGUCAUGUCUUUGCUUCUCAAUCAGCCCUCGAAGCUCUGUUUUCGGAAACCUGUGUUGGUGAGAUCCUCUCCUCGUCACUCUAAUGCACUCUCAUCUUUGGUGUUGCAAAGUGAUUGUCAUUCUUUUGUCUUGAUCUGCGCUGAUCCAUGUGGAGAUAACCUCGGAAAAGCCAAGAUUAAGAGGAAUGGGCUUCGUUACAAGAACCUUUCUUACGAAGAGUUGUGUAUAAAAUUGGAAGAGGAUGAUAAGAAGGAAGCAAAGUUGCGUAGAGAUUUGCUUAAGGAAAUGGGAACGAUAGGAUCAUCCAGUGGAUGGCUACCUACUUUGAAGGACGGUGUCUUGCGUCUCCGAGAAAUAAGUGAAAAUAAUGACACAGAACCGAAACGUAUUUUGCUGCCUCCUCUUGUGACUCUGCCUCAUUGCCAAACCCAAUAUGUCACUAACGUGGCCAUGUCUUCAUCUUUCCCUGAAGAAGAGGACUGUGUUGUGGCUGUCAAGUUCUUGGGACCUCAACUCAGCUUUUGCAGACCCACUCGAAGCAACUCCGAGUGGAUCAACAUCAGAAUGACAGACCCCUGCUUCUUCUCCUCCCCUGUCAUGUUUUCAAAGAAAGAUGACAUGUUUCGCAUAGCCGGCUCAGGAGGCCACCUCAUUGGAUCAUGGGAUCUCCAAAACCAUAGCAACAACCCCAAGUUGCAGAUCUUGAGGUUUCAAAACCUUCCAAAACUGUCCGAGACAAAACGAAACCUUCUGGAUUCGUGCUACACAAGCGAACACAUGGUGGAGUCAAUAACCACCAGUGAAACUUUCAUGGUUAAGUUGUACAGGAAGACCACAGAGAUCGUCAAAGGUAUUCCGAAAAGGGAAACAGUAGCAAUAAUGGUGUUCAGGCUAGACGAAGAAGGAAACGCUGUUUACACUCAAGACAUCGGAGAUCAAAGCAUUUUCAUCACAAAUUCUGAAGCUUUCUGUGUCCCUUCGAGCUCGAUUUUCUUCCUGCGUCAACCUAACUAUGUCAAAUUUUUCAAUGUCGACGAACACAGAUUAUUCAUGCAGAUUAAGCAAAAGUGGGAUUGUUAGAGUCUCUCACUAUUCCAUCUCAAUGGAAUUGAGUUAGCGUCUAUAUAUAGUCUUGUCUUCUCUUUUAAAC